GCCGUGAGAAACAUCAUCAGUGACCAAUAGGCACAAAGAUCUGGUUCACGUGGUGCAUAUUCAGCCUAUCGUGCCCCUAAUAUUCUUCAACUCACUCCCUUCCGUUCCUGGCUCCUUCUUUCUCGACAAGAUGGCCACACCGGCAGCACCGGCGAGUGCGUCUGCCGCCACUCCAGCUCCAGCUGCAUCUCCAGCCGCGGCCCCACCCUCGGUCCCAGUCCCGUCCCCAACCCCAGCCUCAGCGCCAGCCCCGUCUCCUGCUCCAGCGCCGGUUCCGGCUCCAACGCCGGCUCCAGCCUCAUCCUCAGACGCGGCGGCUGCAGCGGCUACGACCGCGGCUCCGGGCCAGACCUCGGCCUCAGCGCCGGCCCCAGCGCAGACCCCUGCGCAGUCACUGCCCGGUCCUGCUCUUCCAGGCCCCUUCCCCGGCGGCCGUGUGGUCCGGCUGCACCCGGUCAUUUUGGCCUCCAUCGUGGACAGCUACGAGCGACGCAACGAGGGCGCUGCCCGAGUUAUCGGCACCCUGCUGGGCACCGUUGACAAGCAUUCAGUGGAGGUCACUAACUGCUUUUCAGUGCCACACAAUGAGUCGGAAGAUGAGGUGGCUGUUGACAUGGAAUUCGCUAAGAACAUGUAUGAAUUACACAAGAAAGUCUCUCCAAAUGAGCUCAUUCUGGGCUGGUAUGCUACAGGCCAUGACAUUACAGAGCAUUCUGUGCUGAUCCAUGAGUACUAUAGCCGGGAAGCCCCCAACCCCAUUCACCUCACCGUGGACACGAGCCUCCAGAAUGGCCGCAUGAGCAUCAAGGCCUAUGUCAGCACUUUAAUGGGUGUCCCUGGGAGGACCAUGGGGGUGAUGUUCACACCUCUGACCGUGAAAUACGCGUAUUAUGACACUGAACGCAUUGGAGUUGACCUGAUCAUGAAGACCUGUUUUAGCCCCAACCGGGUGAUCGGACUUUCAAGUGACUUGCAGCAAGUAGGAGGGGCAUCGGCUCGCAUCCAGGAUGCCCUGAGCACAGUGUUGCAGUAUGCAGAGGAUGUGCUGUCUGGAAAGGUGUCCGCUGACAAUACUGUGGGCCGCUUCUUGAUGAGUCUGGUUAACCAAGUACCCAAGAUUGUUCCUGAUGACUUUGAGACCAUGCUCAAUAGCAACAUCAAUGACCUGCUGAUGGUGACCUACCUGGCCAAUCUCACGCAGUCACAGAUUGCCCUCAAUGAGAAACUUGUAAACCUGUGAAUGGGCCCCAAGCAGCACUCCUGCCAAUCUGGGCCACCCCAGGACUCAGAAUGGAGUGUUGUAGGAUGGUUUCCUUGUGGUUUGAGUCACACUGAGUCAGUCAACUGCUUGUGACUCUAAAUAAACAUAGCCUACCUUUUGUAAAUGAA